AGCCCGGGCGCCGUCGCCGCCGGAGUCUGAGGCCGUCGGGUCCGCGCGCCGUCCGCCCGCGCUCCUCUCCGUUGUCUCAGCCUUCCUCCCGCGGAGCCUCGGCCGGGCCCCCGCCCGCUCCCGCGCCUCGCGAGCUCCUCCCCGCCCGCAGCUCCCGUCCCGCGCGGAGCAGCCCGGCCGGAGCGGCGAUGCGCCUCAUUCAGAACAUGUGCACCAUCGCCGAGUACCCCGCCCCGGGCAGCGCCGCGGCCGCCGACUACUGCCUGAGGGCGGCGGGCCGCCGGCUGGUCAAGAUCGCCGUGGUGGGGGCCAGCGGCGUGGGCAAGACCGCCCUGGUGGUCCGGUUCCUCACCAAGCGAUUCAUUGGCGACUACGAGAGAAACGCAGGUAAUCUCUACACCAGACAAGUCCAGAUAGAAGGUGAAACCCUGGCUAUUCAGGUUCAAGACACUCCAGGUAUUCAGGUCCACGAGAACAGCUUGAGCUGCAACGAGCAGCUGAGUAGGUGCAUUCGCUGGGCCGACGCUGUGGUCAUCGUUUUCUCCAUCACCGACUACAAGAGCUAUGAACUCAUUGGCCAGCUCCACCAGCAGGUCCAGCAGCUCCACCUGGGCACGCGGCUGCCCGUGGUGGUCGUGGCCAACAAAGCUGACCUGCUACACAUCAAGCAGGUGGACCCUCAGCUUGGACUGCAGCUGGCCGGCAUGCUGGGCUGCUCCUUCUAUGAAGUGUCCGUCAGCGAAAACUACAAUGACGUCUACAACGCUUUCCACGUCCUGUGCAAAGAAGUGAGCCACAAACAGCCGCCGAGCAGCACGCCCGAGAAGCGAAGAACCUCCCUGAUCCCCAGGCCCAAGUCGCCCAACAUGCAGGACCUGAAGAGGAGGUUCAAGCAAGCCCUUUCUGCCAAAGUGAGGACUGUCACCUCUGUCUGAAGCAGAGGCACUUGGGGGUGUGGUCUUCCCAGGAGGAGAGUCUGAGGCUCUUCAGGUGCAGGAACGUUGAAUGCUGGGAGUAAUUCGUGGUUCCAGAACGGGCCGGAGCAGGGAGGCCCGCAGGGCCUGCGGAACUGGUGCGGAAAAGGAAGCAUUGUUCUGAGCCGGGGGACAGAACCGGUGAGGCUUGAUGCCCACCAAGCCGCUCUCUGAAUAUGUGAAAUGGACUCCCUGUCUUGUCCUGUGGAGGGGAAGGGGACACAAUUGCUUUGGAUUUUGUCCUUAAUACCUUGUAAAUGAUGCUCAGUGGUAGAUUCACCAAAUAUAUCGAUGUGAUUUACAGUGGGAAUGAAAUAGAUUCAGCUCUCACGGGCUUUCCUUUUUCUUCCUUCUCUUUUCCUCCACCCGUAUCCCCUAAGGAAGAAUUGCUUUUCGCUUACAAGGAGGAUUUGCAUCUCUGGAACCCUAUUCCUGAUAGAAUGCCUUUCUAACUGGAAGGGUACCCAGUUUCUUAGGACAAAGAGGAAAAUAUUUCCCCAUUCUCCCCAAAAGGGUGGAGUUUACGGGCCAAAAUGUGUACCCAGACAUCUGUAAGCGUAUAUGGCCUCACGCGGGAGGCUGCUUAGUUGGGCCUGUGAUCAGUGGUGGAGAACAAACUCUUCAGCCCCAAACUUUGAGUGGUUGUGAGACUGUAUAAUUAAAAAAAAACAACUGUUGCAUCAGGUACAGAAAGAAAAUGUGUCCAUUGAGUUUGGUGUGAUUUGUGUAACUGGCUCAUGGCAAUGAUGUUGGGCUGCUUCCCAGGCCUGGUUGAGUCAUGGCUUAAAUACCAAAACACUAUCUUACAGCGAGCGAACAGAUGCACAAAUCCCCUACACAGAUGCACUUUAAAGCCACCCAAGCUUUGGCUUAAAUUGUAAUUAAUUUAUUUUAUGUACAAUAAAUUUCAUUUUUAAAGAAUAGA